CUGCUAGUAAUAUAAAGCGAUUUGUUAAAAUACGACUUAAAACUCUUUUAUAUUUUCAAAUUAGAUAAAUAUAUAAGAAAAAUCAAUACAUUUAUCAUCCAAAUUCAAUAAAUAUCACGACUUAGGACGUAGAACUCAUAAUUUCGACUGCCAUUUUAAAUUCGCGACGAUAAAAUGACGUCAUUUUGGCCUUCGCAAUGUAUUUCGGGACAUUUUUUUCCCUCAACCGGCUUGCUCUAUGGAUUGAAUGGAGAGGCGAUUUUUUGGAGAUAGAAUAAUGGAACAGUUAUAAUUGAAUUUGGAAGAAAGAAAUUUAUUUGCACAUCUUAAGGAGGUUACUAAGACUUAAAAUUUAAAUUUAAUAUAUAUUGCAACUUUGUGAGCGAUGAGAAUGGUGUUAUCACAGCGACAAAGAGAAGAGCUAAAUAAAGCCAUUGCAGAUUAUCUCUCUUCAAGUGGAUACAUGGGGGCAUUGGAAGCAUUCAAAAAAGAAUCAGAAAUACCAGGGGAAAUUGAUAAAAAGUAUACUGGAUUAUUAGAGAAAAAAUGGACUUCAGUUAUCAGGCUCCAAAAGAAAGUUAUGGAUCUAGAAGCAAAACUUGCUGAAGCAGAAAAAGAAUUUAUAGCUGGUGCUCCGACACGAGAAAAACGCUCUCCAGCUGAAUGGAUUCCUCGCCCUCCUGAACGAUAUUGUUUAACUGGCCAUCGUGCUCCUGUAACAAAAGUUGUUUUUCAUCCAGUUUUCAGUGUUAUGGUAUCAUCUAGUGAAGAUGCUACAAUAAAAGUUUGGGAUUAUGAAACUGGUGAUUAUGAAAAGACAUUGAAAGGCCAUACUGAUUCUGUACAAGACGUUGCAUUUGAUCACACAGGAAAAUGGCUGAUUUCAUGUUCUGCUGACAUGACAGUUAAAUUAUGGGAUUUUCAAGCUUAUGAAUGUAUCAGAACUAUGCGUGGACAUGAUCACAAUGUAUCUUCUGUUUCAUUUAUGCCUAGUGGUGAUCAUCUUGUAUCAUCUUCCAGAGAUAAGACAAUAAAAAUUUGGGAAGUUGCCACUGGAUAUUGUGUGAAAACUUUUACUGGUCAUCGAGAAUGGGUCAGAAUGGUUAGAGUAAAUCAAGAUGGCUCAUUGCUUGCCAGCUGUUCCAAUGAUCAAACUGUUCGAGUCUGGAUUGUCACUACAAAAGAAUGUAAAUUAGAAUUAAGAGAACAUGACCAUGUUGUGGAAUGUGUUGCUUGGGCUCCAGAGUCUGCCUCACCAGCUAUAAAUGAUGCUGCUGGAAUUGAUAAUAAACGUGGCUUUAGAACUGGACCAUUCCUUCUCUCUGGAUCUAGAGAUAAAACUAUAAAAAUGUGGGAUAUUAGCACUGGACAAUGUAUUUUUACAUUGAUCGGACAUGAUAAUUGGGUUAGAGGAUUGAAGUUUCAUCCUGGUGGUAAAUAUAUUGUAAGUGCAUCAGAUGAUAAAACUUUAAGAGUUUGGGAUAUAAAGAAUAAACGGUGCAGUAAAACGUUAGAAGCACACAGUCAUUUCUGCACUUCAGUAGACUUUCAUCAUAAUGCUCCUUUUGUCAUCAGUGGCAGUGUUGAUCAAACUGUUAAAGUAUGGGAAUGUCGUUAGCCGGAAAAAAACUGAUUGGAAGGUGAUAGCAGCUCACUGAACUCUUUUUGUGUCAAACUACUUUUACAUAAAAAGGCUAAUAUUGAUAACUAAAUUUACAGCAUGAUUUUUGUCCUGUGAAUUGAUAUGUUGCUUGUAUAAUGGCCAACAUUACACAGAUUUUGUGGCUUGUGUUACCUUACCACAUAUUUCACUGGAUUAUAGGCAGCAGUGAUAUUUGUACAGUGUUUUAAUUUAAUUUGUGUAAUAAUUUUGCCAAACAUGUUUGCCAGACAAUUAUUUAAUUGUAGGCAUACUAGGCAAACUAAAUUAAUGACUUAAUAGUUAUAAAUGUUAGUGAUGUUUUGUUAGUGUUAUACUCUGCAAUGUUAGAGGUUAGGGAAAUAGAAGAGAUUUGAGGUUAAUUCCGUCUUGCAUCUAUGCAAUUCGGAAGUGACGUAUCUAAAAAUUGAUUCAUCGAUCAACUCAAAAAAUAUUGGACUCACAACCUGUACUUUUAUUUUGUACAGGUUUGACAGAUUGAGAUUGCUUAUUUCUUUCACAGCUUUACUCUUUCUUUUAUUCAGUUAAGAGAGUAGUUAAAGCUUUAAGAAAAUAAUUUAAAAUAAUUUUAUUAAAUAAAUUUAUCUUAGCAGUUAAACCAGGAACUAAAUUUAUUUCCAAAUAUUUUCAGUUGUUUUUAAUUUUUCCCUGUAUGGGUGUAAAUGGAAAGUCAUUUUCAGACAAUUUGAGGAGUUGUGUGAGUGUAUGUAUAUAAAUAUAUAUGUAUCAUUAGUUAAAUAAUUCUGUGCAAAUAAUAAUCUAGUUCUUCUAAUGUUGCACAGUUUAGUCUGCUGCGUAAUAAUUUUAGCAUGAAUAUCUUAACUGUUAAAAAUUGGCUUUAAAUGUGAUAAGUUAUGAAAAAAAAAAAUAUAUAUAUAUAUAUAUAAAUAUAUAUACAAUAUGUAUUUGUGGUACUUCCAAAAAGUGAGAGAUGUAAAUCAGUUGAUUCACAUUGUAUAAAAUUCCUAAUAGCAAGUCAAGCAAUUGUCUGACUGUUUCCAGUGCUGAGUUAUAUUUCUGGUCAGACUAUUGUGUAUUAUCACUUGUAGUAUGAAUGGAUUUGAAUAUUAUAGGUUGAUUAAAAUCUUACCUAAUUCUCUUCCAAGCUCUGUAUUGUACAUUGCAAGAAAACUUUUUGUGAUUUGAAUUAUUAAACUUGUUAUGAUGGAAAUAAAUUGUAAUUGAUCUCA